AUGACAGGUCCUCCUAGUUGUGCUUUCAAGAUAGAUAUUAAAAAAGCUUAUGAUAUGGUGGACUGGCGGUUCCUCAUUAUUAUGCUGCAGGGUUUGGGGUUCCAUCCGGUUAUGGUUAAGUGGAUUAAGGAGAUGGUGUCCACUACUUCAUACUCGCUUGCGAUUAAUGGUGAAUCUUAUGGGUUUUUUCAUGGUGGUAGGGGUCUUCGGCAAGGUGAUCCAUUAUCUCCAUAUCUUUUCACGAUUGUGAUGGAGGGGUUAUUUAUGCUCCUUAGGCAUUGUAUCCGGGAGGCAUCUGAUUUUGAGUACCAUCGGGGUUGUGAGGAGCUGGACUUGACUCACCUGUGCUUUGUUGAUGAUUUAUUUGUUUUUACUAAAGGUAAUGUCCAAUCGGUGGAGGUGCUUAAAAAGGCUCUUUUUCUCUUUCAACAACGUUCGGGUUUGGAACCAAGCCUUGUAAAAAGUGAGAUUUAUUUUGGGAAUGUGCCCCCUAACAUUAAGGAGGCCAUUCUGGAGUGUCUUCCUUUUAAGCUUGGCUUGUUUCCUGUCCGUUAUUUGGGAGUACCUUUAUCUCAAGCUCGUUUGAAGAUAAGUGAUUAUAGCCCUAUGAUUGCUAAGAUUGGUGAUGGCCGGGACACAAAUGCUUGGGAGGAUUCUUGGCUUCCCUGUGGUGAUCUUUCGGCUUUACUGUCUUAUCAAUUUAUCUAUUCUUGUGGGUUCUCUACUGCAACUACGGUACGUGAGCUUUUCAUGAGUUUGGAUGGAGCCUGGCCAGAUGAGUGGUGUACCAGGUUUGAUGUGCUUAAUUCUUCUCCUUUGCCUUCUUUAAAUGAUUCUCUUCGGGAUCAAGUUCUUUUGGGGGAUGAUCGUAAUUCCUGUUCGGGUUUCAAGAGGCGUCUUCCUACACAAGACCGUUUGMUUUGGAAGGAUGAACCUCCUGAYCUWSWGUGCUCACUUUGUGGUCAGAGUGUGGAUAGCCAUUCACAUUUAUUUUUCCAGUGUACUUUUGCUCGUGAAGUUUGGGAUAGUAUCUUGCGUAUUGUGGACUUGACUUCUAUGCCUUCUGCGUGGGAUCAAAUUUUGGAAACUAUUUCGGAUUCCUAUCGUCGUCCAACGCGGUUAAAGCAGAAACUUGCGGUGGCGGCGUCUGUCUAUUACAUUUGGCAAGAACGAAAUAGAAGACUUUUUACUGGGGAUCGCCGAACUGCCAUGGAGAUUAUCAAAGUUAUUGAUCAGAUGAUCGAAAUUCGUGUGGCUUGGAUGGAGAGAAGAUUGCUGGAUAAUGUUGGUUGA